AUGCCUAAGGUCCAGUGUCUUGACUACAGCCACGGAGCCCUGACUGGCGACCUCUGCGAAGACCUGUGUGUGGCACAGAAGCUGGUGUACAAACACUGCCUUUACUACGACCGAGGUAAGAAGGUCAUCCAGGCUGACUGGAGAGGCCAGCCCAUCAUCCUGAAAUCCAAAAAGGAAAUCUUCUCCAGCUACCAGCACCUCAGUAUGCUGGAGGAGGUGGAAAUGCAGGAUAUUCCUGAAGCAGAGCUUCUGCUGAUGGUAGCCUUGGAGGUCAAAAAUGCCCUGGGGUUAGAACUGUCUAACAACACCAUGGGACCCCUGUGGACAAGGAAGAAGGGACCACGCUGGAAAGCACAGGUGGCCAGCAUGUGGUCCUUGCUCCAGCAGGAAGAAUAUAUCUACUUCAGUUUGCUGCAGGACCUCAGCAAACACGUGCUACGCAUUAUUGGCUCUUGUGGACACUUCUAUGCCGUGGAGUAUCUCACAGCUGGACAUGCCUGGCACAAAACCCUUUUUCCCUUGGAAAACGCGGUCGGUCCCUCCCUUGCUGGCCACAGAAGCGGGGUUAGAGCCAUCAUUGACAUUGCUCUCAGCUUUCUGGACAUGGUGCAGCAUUUUGAUAAUGAUUUCUCUCACCGACUUCACCUGUGUGAUGUCAAACCGGAAAACUUCGCUAUCAGGCACGAUCUCACGGUGGUGGCCAUUGAUGUGGAUAUGGCCUUUUUUGAACCCAAAAUGAGGGACAUCCUCGAACAAAACUGCACAGCAGAUGAAGACUGCAAUUUUUUUGAUUGCUUUUCAAAAUGCAAUCUGAAAAUCAGAAAAUGUGGAGCACAGAGAGCCAAUAACAACUUGCAAGUAAUUUGUGACAAAAUAUUCCGUCACUGGUUUUCCCCAAAUCUCAGAGGCCCACUGGUUUCCCUCCCUCUGCAGCUGCAGCUGCAGAAGGCUGUACAGGAGUGUGCCGAGCCGGGGCAUGUGGAUGCUGCCGGGCACCAGAGGACUCUGAAAUCUCUCUCCGAGCUGUACCACUUGCUCCGGGUCACCCAGCAGGAACUGCAAAGGGCAGAGUAGACCCAAAAAUCAGAAUGGCUGAGGCCACAUCCCAGCGACUGCCAAGGGAUGCUGUGUAUGAGGCAGCCUGUGUUUUCUUUCUCUGUCUUCCAUCCCUCCUACCCAUGGUACUACAUUUCCAGCACAGAGAUUGUUUUUCUCCUAUGCAAAUAAAACUCAUGGCUGCAGGUGCAGCAUGUCCUGUUAAUAUCCUUUCAAGUGUGAAAUUGUUUUACAU